AUGUUGUGCGCGACGAUCGUCCUUCUUCUCUUCCUGUUCUGCGUUUUCUGCGUCUACGACUGUCUCAAACCGCGUAAUUUUCCACCUGGUCCAAAAUGGCUGCCGUUCCUCGGCUGCUUCCCAACAUUUAGGCGACUGAAAAUCAAGCACGGUUACGGUUACCUGGCGUUUAAAGAGCUGACGAGAACGUACGGUCCAGUUCUGGGCCUGAAAUUGGGCAACCAGAAGCUAGUUGUGGUUUCGACUCACGAUCUAGUGAAGAAAGUUCUUCUGCGGGACGAGUUCAACGGGAGGCCGAACGGAUUCUUCUUCAAGGUCCGAGCGUUCGGGAAAAACAAAGGUAUAUUAUUCGCGGAGGGGCCAUCUUGGUCCCAAAAUCGUCGUUUCACGAUGCGCCAUCUUCGAGCGUUCGGGUUCGGUCAGUCGAUCAUGGAGAAACAAUCGAUCCUUGAAGCAAAGCACCUCGUCGCUUAUCUUCGCGGUGCCAGCGAAAAAGGUCCAAUUCUGAUGCACACAGCCUUCGACGUCGCAGUUCUGAAUGCUCUUUGGUGCAUGUUCGCCGGGCACAGGUUCGAUUACCAAAACGUGAAGCUUAAAGAGAUCCUCGACGCCGUUCACGAUGCGUUCAGAUUGAUGGACCCAAUGGGCGGCGUUAUUUCGCAAAUGCCCUUCCUGCGUUUCGUGAUACCCGAAUUAUCGGGUUAUAAUGAGCUGAUGAGGAUCCUCCGGAAGCUCUGGGGCUUCAUGGACGAGGAGAUCAGCGAGCACGAGAAACGAUUGGCUGGAAGUUCACCGCAGGAUCUGAUCGAUGCUUUCCUUUUGGAGAUAUCGGCCAAUAAUGGCGGUCGUGACGAUACGAUCUUCGAUCGAGAAAGUUUGCUGGUUUUGUGCUUGGACUUAUUUUUAGCUGGCUCGAAAACGACGACUGACACGUUAGCGACCACUUUGUUGUUCUCAUCGUUACAUCCCGAAUGGAUUAAAGUGCUUCAAGAGGAAAUGGACAAUGUUAUUGGUAGAUCGCGAUUUCCAAAUCUGGAGGAUCUGUCGUCGUUACCGAUGAUGGAAGCGUUCCUUGCAGAGAUACAACGAUUUUUGGUCCUGUCGCCUCUUGGACUACCCCACAAGACCACGAAAGACGUAAUCCUCGAUGAAUAUGAAAUACCUAAGGACACGAUCAUUCUUGUGGAUUUGAACAGUGUGCAUAAUGAUCCGGGGUACUGGGAUCGUCCAGAAGAGUUCCGACCGCAACGAUUUCUGGACGAAAAUGGCCGAUUCUGUCAAAACAACGCGAGCAUACCCUUCAGUUUAGGGAAAAGACGCUGCCCGGGAGAAAUGCUCGCUCGUAGUACCAUAUUUUUAUUCUUCGCCUACGUUGUACACUACUUCGACAUCGAAAUUUCGCUCGACCACGGUGAACCAGACCCGAACGGUUACGACGGUUUCGCUAUAGCGCCGAAACCGUAUUACCUGAAGCUCAUGGCGAGAUCGGACAUCCCGUACUCUGCUACCACGUAAACGGAAGUGAUUUUGGGCCG